UGUCCCUGCCCAGGGCAGGGGGUUGGAACUCGAUGGUCUUUGAGGUCCCUUCCCACCCAAACCAUUCCAUGAUUCCAUGAUUCAGGUUGUGGGUGGAAGGGCCCGCAGCGGUUGGAGAUGGCGGUGACGUUCGAGGAGGUGGCCAUCUACUUCUCCCCCGAGGAGUGGGCCGAGCUGGGGGGCUGGCAGCGGCGGCUCUACCGGGAGGUGAUGCUGGAGAACUACCAGGCGGUGGCCGAGCUGGGCUGGUGCCCCGUCAAGCCGGAGAUCAUCUGCCAGAUGGAGCGAGAAGAGACGCCGUGUGUGCCAGACCCCCCUGGGGCACGGCGCAGCCGCGGGACCCCUGAGCCAGAUGGUGAUGUCUUGCUGCAGAGGGAGGCCAGGAAGGUCACCAAAGGGCUGUCAGACCCCACCACCCUGCUCCCGGCCAUGUCCAAGCGAGAUGGGAAGCGAUGGGGAGCCCUCCCAGCCAAGCUGCUGCCGGCCCAUCCAACCUCUGUCUUCUUUGGGGCAGCAGAAAAAGGACUGCCCUGCCCCACCUGCCCCAAGACCUUCAGGGACAAGCAGACCCUCAAUGUCCACCAACGCGUCCACACCGGGGAGCGCCCCUUCGCCUGCCCUUUGUGCUCCAGGACCUUCAAGGACAAGAACACCCUCACCAUCCACCAAUGGGUUCACACCAAGGAGCGACCCUACGCUUGCACCUACUGCCCCAAGGCCUUCAAGGACAAGAGAACCCUCAAUGACCACCAUCGGGUCCACACUGGGGAGCGCCCCUUCGCUUGCACCCACUGCCCCAAGGCCUUCAAGGACAGGAAGACCUUCAGGGACCACCAGCGAGUCCACACUAUGGAGCGCCCCUUCGCCUGUGACAGUUGCCCCAAGGCCUUCAAGAACAAGCAGGCCCUCACUGAGCACCAGCUGGCCCACACCGGAGAGGACCCCUUCACCUGUGCCCGUUGUCCCAAGGCCUUCAGAAACAAGAAGGCCCUCAGUGACCACCAGCGGGUCCACUCCGUGGAGCGCCCCUUCUCCUGCCCCCACUGCCCCAUGGCCUUCAGGAACAAGGUAACCCUCACCGACCACCUGCGGGUCCACACCGGGGAGCGCCCCUUCUCCUGCCCCCAUUGCCCCAAGGCCUUCAAGCACAGGAAGGCCCUCACCAUCCAUAAGAGGGUCCACACCGGGGAACGCCCCUUCGCCUGUGAUGGCUGCCCCAUGGCCUUCAGAGACAAGCAGACCCUCACCAUCCACCAGCGGGCCCACACGGGCGAGAGACCCUACAAGUGCAGCGAGUGUGGCAAGACCUACGUCCGCAAGGAAGGGCUGAAAUGCCACCGGCAGAUGCAGCAUGGCCCAUGGGCAGUGCCAGAAGGUGGACACUGGGAGGAGGGUGGUCUGUCCUUGGCAGGAGAUGUGGGUGAAGGCCAAGCCCUUCCAGUUGGGCAGCUGUGAGGAACAGCUUCGGGAUGAGGGGAUCAUGCUGGAUCACCACGGCACCCCCAAACCAUGGCUGCCUCCACAGCCCGGCACCCGUGAAACUUCUGUUAUGGGGCUCACGGCUCGUCCUGGCUCAACAACCCUCACCGUGGAAGCUGCAAGUCCAUGGUGAUCCUGGAGAUGGACCCAAGGCCAGUAAGGUCUUGCCUGGGGGGGUGUCCUGGUCUGGGUUUGAGGGAAAACAGAACCAAUUUUCUGUUCCGUAAUUUUGCUUUUCAGCUAAGCCUCCUCUAACUCUCCGGACUCCGAAAUGAAGAGCGUGUUGGGCAGAAACUCCUCUCAGGGUGGGUGUGAUGUUUACAGGGAACACCAAGGGCUGGAAUGCGGAGAGGCUCCUGCUUAUCCCUAUUGCUGGGACAACCAAGGUCAUAACUUGGUUAUCUGCCCCUGUGUGAGGUGGGGGGAGAAGCUGAAAAGCGUGGGGGGGUCCCACCAGCGGGGAGGAGCGGGCGGGAGAGGUGACCCCCAAACUGAUCAACAGGGUGUUCCACCCCCUCGGCAUCACGCUGGGUAUAAAGCCGAGGGAUGGAAGGGUCGGGUCUUCUCCUCCUGUGGCUGAGGAGGACUCUCGGUCUCUUCCUCUGCUCCCGACUCCAGAUCCCAAAUCCAGCUCCCGUCCCUCACUGGAUCUAGUCUGGGACUUCCCCAGUGCCCACCGGUGAUGAGUGUGCUCUGGUUCUGCAUCUAUUGUAUAUAUUUCAUUGCUUUCAGUUUUGUUUUUAUUUUGUUAAUUUAUUACUAUUUUAAUUAAAGGAGUUUAGGAGCUUUUUUUAAACUCA